CUCAUAGCAAGCGUUAAUCUCUUGAAUUUAAUCCAGUUUGUCGUUUAUUUUGAGCAUGCAGUUACACCUGAUUCCAGUUUUUUUUCUACUUUCCUUUUUUAAGCACCCAAUUAGUUUCAAACAAACAGAAAAAUCUCUCAUCUUUCGUGGCGGUGCUCUGUAACAACCCAAAGUUACCGACCGCCGUCGACAUCAUUAAACCUAACAAAUAAUUUAAAAAAAAAAGCCCACUACCUACCCACCCAAUCAUUCAAUUCAAUCAAUAACAAUAACCCUCUCAUUUUCUUCUUCUCUUUCUCAAUUCUCAUCUCACUACAACAAAAACACCGUUCUCUCUCUCUCAAUUCAAUUUCUCACUCUCCAAAACACAAACACUACCUGUGUAUAUCUAUCAAUUUUUUUUUAUCAAUCAACAAUAAAAACAAGAAUCAAAAUUCCAGAACCUAACAAUUCUCAUUCCCAUUCCCAUUCCCCACAACACAAUCCUCAAAAUUUGAGGAUAGCCUUCCCAAACUCAAUGUUCUCAACCCCAUUUGUCCUCACUUUCUCUCUCCUCCUCUCUCUCCCAAUCCUCUUCUUUCUCGCACCUCGUAUCCUCCCACCUCACCCUAACCCCAUCCCAAUUUCCCCCACCGACGAACUCGAUGACAUCAACCUCUUCAACAAAGCAAUUUCCCAUUCAUUCACCCCCCCUUCUUCCUCUUCCCACCCCUCUAAAUUCUUCCACCUCUCUUCCCAAAACCCUAACCUCAAAAUCGCUUUCCUUUUCCUCACUAACACAAAUCUCCAUUUUGCCCCUCUCUGGAACCUCUUCUUCCACGAUACACCAACAAAACUCUUCAACAUUUACGUCCAUUCCGAUCCUUCAACCAACAUCACGCGCCCUAAUAACCCUAAUUUCAAAUUCAUACCUUCUAAAAAAACAUACCGCGCGUCACCGACGUUAAUCUCCGCCACGCGCCGGUUACUCGCUAACGCACUCCUCGACGAUCCUUCAAACGCGUAUUUCAUUGUUCUCUCGCAAUACUGUAUACCUCUCCACUCUUUUUCCUACACCUACCGUUCGCUUUUUCUCUCACCAACCUUCGAUUUAACCGAUUCUGAAUCAACGCAAUUCGGUGUUCGUCUCAAAUACAAAAGCUUCGUUGAAAUCAUCUCCAAUGCACCGAAAUUAUGGAAACGAUACAUCGCUAGGGGUCGCUAUGCGAUGAUGCCGGAAAUUCCGUUUGACAAAUUUCGCGUUGGAUCUCAGUUUUUUACCCUAACGCGAAAACACGCUUUGGUUGUUGUUAAAGAUAGAAUGUUCUGGAGGAAAUUUAAGGUUCCUUGUUAUCGUGAUGAUGAAUGUUACCCUGAGGAACAUUAUUUUCCGACUUUGUUGUCAAUGGCGGAUCCUGAUGGUGUUACUAGUUAUACGUUAACGAGGGUUAAUUGGACUGGAACUGUUAAUGGUCAUCCUUAUACAUAUCGGCCGGACGAGGUUUCGCGGGAGCUUAUUCUCCGGUUGCGUGAAUCGAAUCACUCUGAGUCUUAUUUGUUUGCAAGGAAAUUUGUUCCUGAUUGCUUGGAACCCUUGAUGCACAUUGCCAAAUCUGUUAUUUUCAAGGACUGAAAAAAUUUGGGGGAAAUUUGAAGAUCUUGACUUGAUGCAAAAGGUCAUUGAAGAUAUUUAUGGCGAGAUGAUAUUGCUUGAUGUUGCUGUGGCUAUAGCUUGAUGGGGUGUACAGUUUGAAGAGGCAAUGUUCGACUCACAACCUGUAUACCUGAAACUCUGAUGGAGAGACUCAAUUAUCAUUAAUGAUGAAUCAAAUCAAAGUCAAAAGAGAAAACAAAGAGAGAUAAGUAUAUAUACCUGCAUGAGUUAAAAAAGUGAGGCAGGUACUUUUCUGGUCAAGUGUAUUUAGUUGGUGCAAGUGCUUUUAAGUAAUUGCCAUAGAAGAUUGUUUAGGUAGUUUUUGUCUUCUGUUGGUUUUUUGUACAUAUGAAGCGUGUAAACAUAUUGGUAAGUAAGAAGCUCCAAAGGUGUACUUCUUUUGGAACAAACAUGAGCUGUUGCCUAAACAUGAGGCAACAGUGACUGCAGUGAUAUAUAUAUUAAAAAAAAAAAAAAAAACUGUCCAAAUGUGGGCAAUUGCUUGUGCAUUCUGCAAUUUAUCCUUUUUGCAUCUUUGCUAUUUUC